CCCCUCCCCCACAUUCCACGAUUUUAAGCCUCAUCCACUCCGGCGCAGCAUUCGUCGUGCAGGUAACGCGCAUGAAGAGGAAAUUCGCAAACAUGGCGACUGCGACAGAGGAAGAGUGGAAAGCUGAGGACUUCCCUUGCACGCUGUACUUGUCCCUUCUACCCAGUACGCUCCAUAUCCCCUUCCCCACUGCACACCUCGCAUCUGUCGCGCGCCUUGCUCUCUCCGUUGAUGCCGAACUCUCGCCCCUCGUACGGCGCUCCUUCGCCCUCGUCACCCUCUCACAAUCAUCCUCGUCUCCGCAAGACAGUUCUGCGACAGACAAGUCGGUCCUACAAGUAAACUACGCGGCGACUACGAACCGCAUGCUACGCGUCGCUGUCAACGGGAUCUUCGAGAGCCUUGGCGUUGUGAUAGGCGUGAUGAAGGAUUUGGAUGUCGACGUGUUGUACGACCCGGUCACGGAGGGGCUGGAGGGUGUGCAGGGUUUGGAGGAAGUCAAGGGUUGAAAAAUGAAGGAACUCGUAGGGACAGUAAUCUACCGGGUAGUCAAAGGCCCAACAACACCAAUAAGGUGAAUACGGAGAAUGACACGCACGAAGAAGGGUUGUCAUAGGAGUACAUGCUGGUCAAACUUGGGAGCGCAGAGCCUGAUGGGUUCCUCAGCACGAUAUUCAGGUGACAACGAUGCGGGGCGAGGUUGCUCAGAGAGACACGAGAUGCAUUCAAGUCAUGCGACUAUCACUAGGACUAGUUGUCCCAUAGUGUUCAUGAGCUUCUAGGUAAAAGUACACGACGGUUCUUCCUUGACCAGAUCCAGUCUAUAUCAAUAUUGCACUGUGAUCCGCAAACCCAGAAUU